CGCGGGGCUCCUUCAAUCGUGAUGCUUUCUCACGAUUCCCACGCAUUUACCACACCUCGACAUCAGAUAUGCACGGAAUUACGCACGGAUAAAUCCCGCGUUUAAUCUCCGAUCUCGCUUUUGGAUGAAGAUUUCAAAAGGAUGGAUUUCCCGCGGUGUUUGCUGUCCGCGUACUUGCUGCUGCUCUCCUUCGCACAGUGCCAGCACUAUUACCUGCUCAGACCCAUCCCGAGUGACACUUUACCCCUGCUGGAGCUGAAGGAGGACCCGGACCCGCUCUACGAUCCGCGGGAGAAGGAUCUAAACGAGACCGAGCUGAGGAGCGCGCUCGGGGACUUUGACAGCCGCUUUCUGUCGGUCGGUCCUCCUCAGGACCGCUACGCGGGGAACGAGGACCUGGACGAGCAGGAGCUCCAGCUGAACCUCGCCGGGAUGAUGCCCAAAGACAUCAAGAACCUGGACUUUGACGCGCCGUGGGGCAAAAAGCGCAAAGCCAGCAAGAAGCUGAAGCGGCGGCUGCAGAUGUGGCUGUGGUCCUACUCGUUCUGCCCGGUGCUGUACGCCUGGAAUGACCUGGGCUCGCGCUUUUGGCCGCGGUUCGUGCGCGCGGGGAGCUGCUACACCAAGCGCUCAUGCUCGGUGCCGGAGGGCAUGGUGUGCAAACCGGCCAAAUCAACACACAUCACGCUGCUGCGCUGGAGAUGCGUGGCGAGGAGAGGCGCACUCAAGUGCGCGUGGAUACCGGUGCAGUAUCCCAUCAUCACAGAGUGCAAAUGCUCAUGCGCGAACUGACCAGCAGAAAUAAAAAACAUUAUAAUAUUGAACUCCUGAUGCGUUUCUGGACUCUGAUGUGAAGCGUAUUAAUGCAUAUCGCUGGACUUAAAUUAUGGAGACAUGACUGUACAAAAUGUAUCUCAUAUUUGUAAAAUCCACAUUGCUGGAAGAACUUUCUAAAGAAGAGAAUUCAGACAUGAACAUCUUUUAUAAAACAAAUCUCUGGAUUUAAGUUAUGAACACUUUUAUUUUGUGUUUUGGAAACACUUUAUAUUAACUUUAAGUCAUUUAAAGAGAUUAAAGAUUUUAAUUUUGUUGUUUUAAACAGGUUUGAGUUUCUUCUGUUGAGCACAAAAGAAGAUAAUUUGAGAAAUGUUGAUAGCUGGCACCCAUUCACUUCCAUAGUAUUUAUUUUUUACAAUGGAAGUAAAUGGGUGAACUGGCCGCUCAUUCAGAAAACCCAUAAUAGAGCUCCUGAUAUGGUUCUGGACUCUGAUGUGAAGCACAUUAAUGCAUGUUGCUGGACUUAAAUUAUGGAGACACGACUGUACAAAAUAUAUCUCAUAUUUAAAAUUCACAUUUCUGGAAGAACUUUAUAAAAAAAGAGAACAUUAUUUAUACAAAUCUCUGGAUUUGUUAAGAAAAGCUUUUAUUUUGUGUUUUGGAAACACUUUAUAUUAAUUUUAGAUCAUUUAAACAUUAUUUUCAGACAUAUUUAAAUUCUGUCAUUGUUUACUUGCUAAAAACCCGUUGGAGUUUUAUCUGUUAAACCCAAAAGAAGAUAAUUCGAAGAAUGCUGGUGAUCGGCUCCUAUUGACUUCCAUACUAUUUUUUUUUUAUCGAAGUGCCAGCAGCAUUCUUCAAAAUAUCUUCUUUUGGUGUUCAACAUAAGACCACAUGAGGGAGAGUAAAUAAUAAGGCAAUGUUCAUCUAAACACAAUGCUGUGCAGAUCAAUAGCUCACACAUUCAGAUUUGAUAACUGAUGACUCAGCGUUGUGUUUUAUAUUAAUAUCUGUCAUGCAAGUGUUCCCUUUCGUUUGUGUAUGCACUAUCAUGUGUAGGAAUGUAUUGUCUGUAUAUGUCGUGCCAUCAUGUAAUGAUCUAGCCAGUAUUAUGUGUAGUAAUAUCCAGAGUCUACUGUAAUUGUGGAAAAUAUUGGGUUGUAUUUAUAUUGCAGAGAAUGGAGCUGUCUGAGAUGUCUAUAAGGUUUUUUUUCCCACACAGAUUCGACGACCUCAAAAUUUAUUGUGGAUUUUUAAUUUUUUUUUAAAGUCUCACAUGCUGUGACGGCCGGAGACGAUUUAUCCUGUAAAUUAAGAUGAACUGUUAUUUAUUCUUUAUAUUCAGAUAAUAAAAUAUCAAACACAA